AUGUCGUCCGAGUCGCCGUUCGACGUCCUAGUCACCGGCUCAUCUGGCCAUCUCGGCACAGCUUUAAUGCUCAGUCUACCAUCCCUAGGCUACAAACCCAUAGGAAUCGACAUCCUCCCCUCGCCAACAACGACACUUGUCGGCUCCGUUAGUGAUAGGGCAUUCAUCGCAUCGGUUUUCGACUCAAAUGCUAUCAAGCACGUUCUACACGCCGCGACCUUGCACAAGCCACACAUUGGCAGUCACAGCAGAGAAGAAUUCAUCACAACAAAUAUUACCGGCACGCUGAUCCUGCUCGAGGAAUCAUCCCGAUUUGUCGAAUCAAUAGAGAGCUUCGUCUUCUUCAGCACGACCAGCGCCUUCGGUAUGGCGUUAAGUCCCAAGCCUGGAAAUCCAGCUGCCUGGAUCGACGAAGAGGUCGUGCCUGUGCCGAAGAAUAUCUACGGCGUGACGAAGGUUGCGGCGGAGGAUAUGUGCGCAUUAAUGCAAAGGACGAGCGGGAUGCCGGUGUUGGUGCUUCGUACGAGUCGGUUUUUUCCCGAAGAAGACGAUGAUGAGGAUAGACGUGCGGCUAUGAGUGAUGAGAAUCUGAAGGUGUUGGAACUGGCGUAUCGAAGAGUUGAUAUUGAGGAUAUUGUCGGUGCGACUGUUUGCGCGAUGGCGAAGGCGAGGGGGAUUCGGUGGGGGAAGUAUAUCAUUAGUGCGCCGCCGCCUUUUAGUCGUGAUACCGAGACGCUUGACGCAUUGAGUCGGAGCCCUGCGGAGGUGGUGAGUAAGGUUUCUCCUGAUGUUGAUUCGGUGUUUAAGGGGAAGGGAUGGAAACAUCUCGGGAGGAUUGAUCGGGUUUAUGAUUCUAGCAAGGCUGUUGCUGAGUUGGGGUGGAAUCCGAAGUAUACGUUUUCCGGGGCUGUGGAUAGGUUGAUGCGUGGCGAGUCAUGGCGGAGUGACUUGACCGCGAGGGUGGGUAAGAGAGGAUAUCAUGCUGUGAGCACUGGGGUGUAUACAAAGCGAGAAGUAUAG